GCCCCCAAGUGGAUGCAGCAGCGAGGACGCGCUGUGCGCAAUUGGAGCGGAGCUCCUCGCUUCCUCUGCCGAAACUCGCCUUAUUGUCUCAUGUUGAGUGAGAUAUCUUAUCAUUUUUACGAUCAAUGUUUUCUGGGGUGCUAACAAGAGCUUAAGUUUCGCGCCCAUUCAACUAAACACUGCUUCUCCGGCAACUGGCCACAAAGUGAAGCGAGGCGCCUCCUCCCUCCGCGACUGUGGUGGAAUCAUAUUCGCUCGAUUGGCACGACGUUUCUUUUUUCAGGAUUUGUGAGUUGAAACAUUACAUCUUCUUUAAGGCUCUCAAGGUGUGGGCUGAUGACUGAGAUGUUUUUCUCCUGAACUCCCAUCCUGAUAAAGGCUUACACCACUGACACGAUACCAUGGCAUCUAAUAUAAUUGUGGAACAACAAUUUUCCCACAAGUUCACAGUGACAGUCGUUCGAGCCGAGAGCGUCACGAAGGGAGCACUUGGGGACUUGUUGGACACACCAGACCCAUAUGUGGAGCUGUUCAUCCCGACAGCCCCAGAAAGCAGGAAGAAGACCAAACACAUAGACAACGACAUCAAUCCAAAAUGGGAUGAGACGUUUCACUUCAUAUUAGACCCCAACCUGCAGAACAUCCUUGAGGUUACAUUAAUGGAUGCCAAUUAUGUGAUGGAUGAAACCCUCGGGACUGCUUCUUUUGAUAUCUCCAACCUCAAAGUGGGCCACAGGCAGAAGGAGACCUUUCUCAUUGGCAAAGCAACCAAGGUCUACUUAGAGCUGUUCCUGGAGAUAUGCACCAAGUUGGAUCUACGGUUCAGCCUGGCCCUGUGUGACAAUGAGAAACAGUUCCGACAGACGCGCAGAGAAAGGGUGAUGCUGGGCAUCAAGAAGCUACUAGACAUGGAGAAGCCCCGAUUCCUUCCCAGCUCACCGGAAGAGGUACCAGUCAUUGCUAUCUCAGGUUCUGGAGGUGGCUUUCGUGCCAUGGUUGGCUACUCUGGUGUGAUGAAGGCCCUGUUUGAGUCUGGAGUUCUAGAUUGUACCACCUAUAUUGCUGGUCUCUCCGGAUCCACCUGGUACAUGUCUUCACUCUACUCGCACCCUGAGUUUCCAAACAAGGGGCCGAAAGAGAUAAACCAGGAACUAAUGAACAGAGUCCGCAGUAAUCCAUUGAGGCUUUUGCUGCCGCAACACGUAACCAACUACAUCCAAGCUUUGUGGACCAAGAAAGCCUCUGGACAGCCAGUUACUUUCACCGAUAUCUUUGGUAUGCUCAUCGGGGAAACACUCAUACCCGCGAGGAUGGACAUCAAGUUAAGUGACAUUCAGGAAAAAAUAAACCAGGCACAAUGUCCUCUUCCUCUCUUCACCUGUCUACAUGUCAAGCCAGAUGUUUCUGAGCUCAUGUUUGCAGACUGGGUGGAGUUCAGCCCUUAUGAAAUUGGAAUGGCAAAGUAUGGCACCUUCAUGACACCUGACUUGUUUGGAAGCAAGUUCUUUAUGGGAACAGUUGUCAAGAAAUGUGAAGAAAACCCUCUUCACUUUCUAAUGGGUGUGUGGGGCAGCGCCUUCUCCAUUCUUUUCAACAGGGUGAUUGGGGUCAAAGACACAGCUGGAGGCUCCACUAUGGAGGAGGAGUUAGAACAGAUUAAACCACAGCACAUCGUUGGAGAGGACAGCAUGGACAACGAGGAUGAACCCCACAAAGGUGGCUCCGAGAAUCAAGAGGCAGAGGAGGAGUAUCAUCGAACCGCUCAAGCCAGCUGGGUUCAAAGGAUGUUCACGUCGCUCUUCAGUGACUCGGCCUUGUUCAACACCAGAGAGGGUCGCGCCGGGAAGGUGCAUAACUUCAUGUUGGGUCUGAACCUGAACACCAGCAUCCCUUUCUCUCCGAUCAGUGGGUUUGUCUGCAAUGCACCUACACCAGACGAAGAGGUGGACGCUGUCACAGACCCGGAUGAGUUUGAUCGUAUCUAUGAGCCUUUGGAUGUGAAAAGUAAGAAGAUCCAUGUGGUGGACAGCGGACUGACCUACAAUCUUCCCUACCCUCUCAUCCUGCGGCCCCAACGUGGUGUCGACCUCAUCAUUUCCUUUGAUUUCUCUGCACGACCUAGUGACUCCAGCCCGCCGUUUAAGGAGCUCCUGCUGGCUGAAAAGUGGGCUCGAAUGAACAAGCUUCCAUUCCCGAAAAUCGAUCCAAAAGUCUUCGACCGAGAAGGCCUCAAGGAAUGCUACGUGUUCAAACCCAAAAAAGGCGAAAAGCACUGCCCAACUGUCAUCCACUUUGUCCUGGUGAAUAUCAACUUCAGGAAGUUCAAAGCACCUGGAGUUCCAAGAGAGACUGAGAAGGAGAAGGAGUUUGCAGACUUUGACAUCUUUGAUGACCCUGAGUCGCCAUUUUCCACAUUCAACUUUCAAUACUCCAACGAGGCCUACACUCGACUUCACGACCUCAUGGAGUUCAACACGCUCAACAACUUGGAGGUGAUUAAAGACGCCAUCAAAGAUCGCAUCGUUUCUCGGAAGGAGAAUCCUUCGAACGUCACGCUGCCCUUAUCCCUCGGUGCGAUUCCCAAGAAGAGGCUUCUCAAAAGGAAUCUUCAUGGCAAACCCUGGAAUCACUGCGGAAACAAUGACCAAUAGCCUGCUGCAAGAAGGAGACUUUGCAUUGACCUUUUGAUCUCAUUUAGAGUAUGGCAUUUUCUUUUUGGAAAAUGAGAAUUACUUUUCAUGUUGUGUUAUGAUGUUGAUGCUGAAUUGGACCUGGAAGGGAUUUAGUGUAGAACUAUGACGUUUACCGGUCAGAAACACACUGACAUUUUUCACUUGGCUUCAGUUGCACAUAUUGGGAAAACUGUUCCUAGAUCAGGAACAGCUGAUGUUUGGUUUCCCCCUGGCUGGGACUGAAUGUCGACCCUUUCAUUCUGUUUGAGCAGCAAGGCAUCAUAUUUUUUUUCUGUGCUUUUUAAGAAACAACUAAGUCACAUAUGCAUCCAACCAUCCAUUUUCUAAUCUGCUUUUCCUCACGAGGGUCGCGGUGUACUGGAGCCUAUCCCAGCCGUCUUGGGGCAUUAGGC